AUGGUUGUCGCAAAACACCGAUGCCGAAGCCCUUCGGAUCACUCCAUCCGUCAUACCAUCGACCAUACUACCACAACACCCCAGUCGAAUCCUCCACUAACGGAUCCCACCGCACCACCACUGCAUCCUCUGUGCCAGAUCGAACCUCUCAGCCACACAACAACACUUCCUCUUCUGUUACGCCAACCUCCAUCGUCAAAAUCACACACCACCAUCACCGGUUCUGCACAUCAACUCCUCGAGACCACUAGAUCCGUCCCAACCUCCAUGCAAAUUGCAACCAAACACCACGCUUAUCCUGCCAACCUGGAGUUACCACCAACCUUCUUCCAUAGAUCGGAGACGUCAUCCACUUCCAGGUGUUAG